AUGAGUAUUCAAAUGUCUCUUGUUUUCGCCACUUUAAUUGGCCAGAUGGUUGUGCUUCUCUUGCUUGUACUUCCGCUUCCUCAUCCAAUCAGAGCGAAGAUCGUCGACAUCACCUGGGUUCUUCAAAAAUCUCAGAAUUUUAAAGUGGGUGUAGCGUUCAGCAUCAUAUUGUUGGUGUUACAGUUCUUGGACUGUGUCAACAGAUUGAAGCGUAUCCUGGGAUACUCUGAUCCUUUCUUUGUUAGCAGCAAUGAUCAUAGAAAUCCAACACAACAAUUGACAUAUGACCAAUUGGCUACCAAGUUCUAUUCGCAAAGAAACCUCUACUUGAGUGGAGCUGUGUUGUACUUGAUGUUGGCUAUUGGCAUUGUGAUAACCAUUGUCAGAAAGUUGGUGAAGAAGGAAAGCGAAUACAGAUCGUUACUUGCUGGAAAGAAGACCAAGUACGAAUCGGAAGAUGGUGAAGUCGAAAAGUACAAGCAGCUCAUCAGUUUGAAAGAACAGGAUAUCCAGGCCUUCAAGAAGCAAUUGAGAGGUUUACAGACGGCCUAUGACACCUUGAGUCCGGAAGAACAGAAGUCAUCUAAAAAGAGUGAUUAG